GCUGUUUGUUGUACGUAAUGGGUCCCGAAUAUUCUGUUUUGUAUUGUCUCUGUAAAGUUGCUCGACGUUUUUAUAAUGAUUGUGGUUCUCAUGCGGUUUCCUGUUUAGUGUCGCGUGGGCGGGGUCACGCCAGUCGGCUUUGCCUAAGUAAAUAUCCAAGGUCUGGGUAGAGGUGGGGAAUCUAUUGCAGAAUUUAUUCUAAACGUUGGCUAAUCACAGGCAUGUCGUUCAUUGUUGGGACUUGAUUCACAAUUCAAAACUUUUUAUGUUUUAAAUACUGCAUUAUUGGCUUUAAUGAGUGGGGGAGAACAUAAACGACAGCAACACCGAAACAGAACAGGGAAGCAACUGUGAGGAAUUUACGCGGCGUGUGAAAAACUUGAGAUUGCAGGGGGUUUUUUUGCAAUCCCGGAUGGUUUUGUUUUCAACAAAAUUUGUUUAAUUUUGGUUGUUUUUUAACGCUAAUAAAACAUUCGCCUUUGCAACUGGCGUUGCCAAGUUUUUUGUAAGAUGGGCAAGAAUGAUCAGUCACCUAAGGCUGGGAAAAGUAAGAAAGAAAUGAUGCCAACAUCAAAUCCUAAAUUAUGCUUAAGGACGCUGACAACAGUAGUCAGCUUACUGUUAUCAGUCAUUUCUGUUGUGUUUUGCCUGUUUCUAAAUGUUAAAACUGCGAGGUUGCUAGAUAGAGUAAAGCUGUUGGAACAUCAAAAGGGAAGCUUUUCAUUGCAAGCAGUGCGGGAGAUUUUAUGGGACGAUGCAAAUUUACUGCCCUUACUGCAGAAACGAAUCGACGAACUUCAAGAGGAAUUGACUGGAGUUGCAAAAAUCAGAACAGCUAGAGAAGCUACAUCUGAAUGUCUCUGUCCACCUGGCCCUCCAGGAAAGCGUGGCAAACCGGGAAGGAAAGGAGUCAAUGGAAUUCCUGGGCCACCAGGAAGAGAUGGUUAUCCGGGUCCCCUUGGAUUGGAUGGAAAGCCAGGCCAACCUGGACCAAAAGGAGAAAAGGGUGAUCAAGGCAAUCCUGGACCAUCAGGUCUUGCUGGUCCUGUGGGUCCAACAGGACCCCGAGGAGAUCCAGGGAAGGAUGGUGCCCAUGGACCUCCAGGUGCAACUCCACCCAUCGCUUGGCAAUGUGUCUGGUCUUACCGGUCACAAGUGGAAAGGUCACUUACCAGUCAGCAGGGAGAAAAAGGUAUUGCAGGUCCUCCAGGAUUACCGGGGUCAAUGGGAUUAAAGGGUGAACCUGGCGAGAAGGGUGAAAAGGGGCGCCCAGGACUGAAUGGUCAAAAAGGUGAACGAGGAACAACAGAGAUAAUAGACUACGAUGGAAAAAUCCAAGAGGCUCUACAGGGUAUAAUUGGGCCUAAAGGAGAAUCCGGAAUCCCUGGAGCCCCAGGAAUUCCAGGACAGAAAGGUGAAAAAGGAGAAAUCGGUUCCGCUGGUCCACCUGGUGAACCAGGAUUGAAUGGCAGUAAAGGUGAAAAGGGUGAUGCCAGUAGAAAAGGUGAUAAAGGUUUACCUGGCAUACAGGGAAAUCCUGGUUCCAUGGGUCUUAUAGGUCUACCUGGUCAAAAGGGAGAAAGGGGUAAACCUGGUGAAUCAGGGUUAGAUGGUUUUCCAGGACUGAGGGGGCUGAAGGGAGACAGAGGUGAAAAAGGAGACAAGGGAGAGAGAAGUUAUCCAGGUAAAAAAGGAAGCAAGGGGCAAAAGGGAGAACAAGGUCCUCCUGGAUUAGAUCAACCUUGUCCAGUGGGCCCAGAUGGCCUGCCGAUUCCAGGAUGUUGGCACAAGUGAUUACUAACCAACAAGCAAGAAGUAUGUAGAUAAUGAUGUAUUUUGUGCUUCAACACAUUGUAAAGAAACUCCAUUGUUAAUAUAUUAAGCCUUGCAUAUCUUAUGAGGAUGGAGGUGUAUGGAACAAAAUAUUAUUCCUGAAUUUAGACCAGAAGUCUGGACUUAAAGAUAACUAAUUAAGUGUCAGCUGUGGAACUGGAUUAUGCUGAUAGCUACACUGCUAUUGCACGUUACCGGAGAUGUAACCUUGUCAACACAUAAAUUGCUUUAUACAUGGUCUGACUCGUUUUAUUUUGAGUUGUAUAUUAUUCUAAUGAAUCUUAAACAUUUUAUCCAUUUUAAUCAAAUGGGGAGGAAAGCAAUAUAAUUUGCCUCCAAGUUAAGAAGAAAACCACACAAUCCCAUUUGUGAAGAUGGCUGUUUCGUAGGUUAAAAAAGUAAUAAACUA